GUCAGCGACACGCAGCUCUCGGGAUAACUCGGCAGAUUGUUCUCACAGUCGGUGCCAAGAGAUUUCGGGCACUGCAUGUACGUCCGUCGGCACGUCCACGCUACUGUUGCGCCAUGCGACUGCAGCCUGCGCGCUGGGCCGGCUGGGCCCUCAGUGACUCACCUCCUGGGGAUAUAAAGGAGGAGCCUUGAGAUGAGAACAGAAACCAGUUGUGCCACUCUCCUGCUGUGAAUCACUUCCAGAGCUGCAGCUCGCUGGCGUGAACAGAAACACAACAAGCUGGACCUCCGCUUCCCCUCAUCCAGUCAGGACCCUGCGCAGACCGGGAACCCUCGCACCCACCAGGAAGCCCUCUCGGUAAAAAAACAACUUGGAACUUUGGCCUGCAUUCCGCUGAAGAAACCAGUCAGACGGCAUUCAGGGGACCUCUUGUCGACUCGAUGCCCGAGCGGGUCGGCUGUUCGGACUCGAACAUCGGUAGCCCACCACUCGCUCUUGAGGACUUGUGAGCUGCGAGAACUAAAAUAAGCUUCCAAAAUCCUUCUGGACUCCGCCUUUUCCAGCUCCUUGCCUCAGAUCCCCACGGCCGCCCGUAUGGCAAACGGCUCCAUGUACCAGCUCAUCGAGGACUGCGAGGCCACGCACAAGGCGCUCUACAAGUUCUACGCCGCCGUCAUGAUCGUCACCGUCAUCCUGGCCUUGCCGCUCAACGCGUCGGUGCUGCACCUCUUCCUCUUCAAGAUGAAGUUCUGGAAGUCCAACACCAACCACGUCUUCCUCUUCAACCUGGUGCUGGCCGACAUCCUGCUGCUCUUCAGCCUGCCCAUCAAGGCGUACAACUACAUCCAGGGCGAGAGGCGCCACGGCAACGACGCCGUCUGCAAGGCCAUGCUCUUCAUGCUCUUCCUCAACCGGGGAGCCAGCAUCGCCUUCCUCACCGUCACGUCCAUCGACCGCUACUUCAACGUGGUCCACCCGGGCCGCAAGAAUCUGCUGAAGGCUCUGAAGAAGUCGCCGCACAUCUCCAUCUUCAUCUGGCUGCUGCUUCUGCCCCUCACCAUCCCCACCAUGCUCAAGAACUUCGACUGCUGCAACAGCCACAAGAACGACGAUGAAGGUGGCUUAGUAAGCAAGCAGGACGACACCCUCAUCAAGGACGUGGUGGACAGUUUACGGGAAGCGGUCUUCUUCACGCAAAUCCUCAUCCCGUUUGUCAUCCUGGUCUACUGCACCGCGCACAUCGUCAACCGCCUGCGCAAGAAGACGGUGGGCGACCGGACCAAGCUGAGGCGAGCCGUCUUCGUGGUCACCUCGGUCAUGGUGGUCUUCUCGAUCUGCUUCUUGCCCUGCGCCAUCGCGCGGGCGGUGCUGCUGGUGGCCCGCGUGGAGGAGUGGCGGGAGUCGUCGCAGGACAAGGCGACCGUGGCCUUCGACGGCCUCAUGGUUCUGUCCUACUUGGACUGCCUGCUGGACCCGCUCAUCUACUGCUUUUGCAGCACCAAGUUCAAGGCGCUCUACUUGUCCAAUUAUUUCCCCUUCUUGCUGAAGGAAGGCCCGCUGCCGAUGGACAGCUCCACAUCGAACACGCCCAACCCCAAACGCGGCAACGUCAUCUGAAGGGAGCGUCCGCGCUGAGCCCGGACCACGAUGCCGACUACAUUCGUAAAAGGGGACUCCAAUGAAUUAAUGCUGGGAGGACCUGACUUCCGAAAUGCUACGGCAGGAAUCUCCAAAACCCAUGCCAACAAUGCAGCCACACACAAAAAAAAUAAUAAUAACACACACAAAUGUACUCAGGGGUCAAGACUAACUUUUGUUACUAGCAUUACACUGGCUUCUAACUUUAUUCAACUUGGAAAUUAUACGGGUGGACACUCUAAAUCCACUUGCAAAGUAAAUAUUUACAUUUCCUCUCAUUUUCACUGUAUUGUUGAUAGAUACACUGAUAAUAAAUGCAGAAACUACAAUGUUUACCGCGUGUCAGGAUAUUUCAAUCAAAGCAAUUUGCUGCACGUGUUGAGCACCUCUGUGCCUUGGUGGAGGUCUGACAGUUUUUCAUUGAAACGGGGAAGGUGUGACAUUUGUCUUGGUUUUCAAAACCAAGUACUGACUGACUGAACAAAAAUAUGUUCUUUGGCAAAAAAUGAUUUAUGAACAAAAGAUUACGUUGAAUGUGAUAUUGAAAAUGAGAGUAACUAUCACAAGGUCUUCUACUCACAUGUCAUUUUCAUUGUUUUGUAAAUAAAUGAAGACGCUGACAA